AUGCAGUUUUGUGAUUUUGAUGAGAUGAAUUCCGUCAUGAUGGUAUCCAGUGAAUGGUUUAGAACUUCACUCAAUUUUAAAUUUGACAAACAAUUUGGCUCAUACGGUUAUGAGAAAGAUAUUGAUGAAAGUAAUAGAAAAUUUAAGGAAUUAUCGGAUCUUACCUCAUCACUAUUAAUCAACUCACUCUAUAUUCAUGGUCGUGUAUCUGAUGAGAUGAUUACAAUUUUUUCAAAAUCACAAAAUUUGAUAAAUUUAACUAAAUUGAACAUUAGAGAUUGGGAUGAUAAAAUUAAUGUAGAACCCUUGUUUAGUGGAAUGGUAUUGAAGAAUUUAACCGAGUUAGAUAUUGAUAGAGUGAGAAUUGGAGAUGAAGGAUUCAAAGCAUUGAGCAAGAGUUCAUACAUUAAGAAUUUGACAUAUUUAAGAGCUUUUUGGGCUGGACAUUCAUAUUUGGCUGCUAAAUAUGUUGCAGAAAGUGAAAACUUUUCAAAUUUAACAUUUCUUGAUCUGAGUAAUUUGUAUGAAAACCCUGUUGAAGGAGUGAGAUGUAUGUGUCAAAGUCCAUUUCUAUCAAAUUUGAAACAUAUUGGACUUUCUCAUUUUGCCAAUGAUGAUGUUAUGAAAUUAUUAGAAGAAAGUAAUUAUUUGACUAAAUUAGAAACCAUAAUGUUGGAUAGAGGAGAUUUUACACUUGAACCAUUCAAACUAUUCCUCAACAGUAAUAAUGCAAAGAAUUUAACUGAUCUAUACUUUGAAUAUACUGAAUUGGGUGUUGAAGGUGUAAAGAUUAUUGCAGAAUGCCCAAACAUGAUAAAUUUGAAAUGUUUAGACAUUACCCACGCAUAUGUUGGAGAUGAGGGUGCAAGAUACAUUAUAGAGAGCAAGUAUUUGAAGAAUUUGACGCAGCUUGAGUAUUAUCCAAACGAUCCUUAUUAUGAAUAUUAUGAAGGAGAAAAUUUUAGUGAGGAAAUGAGGCUGUCUAUUGAGAGAUUUCUUACAUCAAACAUUAAUAGACAUUAUGAACAAAAUUAA